UGGGCGGCAGAGAGCAAGCUGCAGUCCAGCUCCCCACCGCCGCCAUGGUUCUCGCCGCCGCCUGCGUUCUCCUGCUCUCCCUGGCCGCCCUUGGCGCGUCCGGUCAGGGCCAGAUCCGGAUGGGUGCAGGUCCAGACCUGGGCGCACAGAUGCUGCACGAACUACAGGAGACAAAUGCGGCGCUGCGGGACGUGCGGGAGCUGCUGCGGCAGCAGGUCAAGGAGAUCACGUUCCUGAAAAACACGGUGAUGGAGUGUGAUGCGUGCGGGAUGCAGCCUGCGCAUACCCCCGGCCUGAGCGUGCGGCCCCUGCCCCAGUGUGCGCCCGGCUACUGCUUUCCCGGCGUGGCUUGCACCAUGACGCCGAUGGGCGCUCGCUGCGGAUCCUGCCCCGCGGGUUUCACAGGCAACGGGACGCACUGCGCGGACAUCAACGAGUGUAAUUCCCAUCCCUGCUUUCCCCGUGUCCGCUGCAUCAACACCAGCCCCGGCUUCCGCUGCGAGGCUUGCCCACCCGGGUACAGUGGCCCCCCACACGAGGGCGUGGGGCUGGCCUUCGCCAAGGCCAACAAGCAGGUUUGCACCGACAUUAACGAGUGUGAGACCGGAAAGCAUAACUGCGUUCCCAACUCUGUGUGCGUCAACACCAGGGGCUCCUUCCAGUGCGGCCCGUGCCAGCCCGGCUUCGUGGGAGACCAGGCGUCCGGCUGCCGUCCACGCGCACAGCGCUCCUGCCCGGAUGGCACACCAAGCUCGUGCCACGAGAAGGCCGACUGCGUCGUGGAACGCGAUGGCUCGCGGUCUUGUGUAUGUGCCAUCGGCUGGGCGGGCAACGGGCUCCUCUGCGGUCGCGACACCGACCUGGACAGCUUUCCCGAUGAGAAGCUGCGCUGCGCAGAGCGCCACUGCCGCAAGGACAACUGUGUGACGGUGCCCAACUCAGGGCAGGAGGACGUGGAUCGCGAUGGUAUAGGAGACGCCUGCGACCCUGAUGCUGACGGAGACGGGAUCCUAAACGAGGAGGACAACUGCCCGCUGGUGCGGAACCCAGACCAGCGCAAUUCGGACAACGACAAGUGGGGCGAUGCGUGCGACAACUGCCGGAACCAGAAGAACGACGACCAGAAGGACACAGACCGGGACGGUCGAGGCGACGCCUGCGACGACGACAUCGACGGUGACCUGAUCCGAAAUGCUGUGGACAACUGCCCCAGAGUGCCGAACUCAGACCAGAAGGACAGUGAUGGUGAUCGUGUAGGGGAUGUCUGUGACAACUGUCCCCAGAAGAGCAACCCAGACCAGGGGGAUGUGGACCACGACUUUGUAGGAGACGCUUGUGACAACGACCAAGACCAGGACGGGGAUGGACACCAGGACUCUCGGGACAACUGCCCCACAGUACCUAACAGCGCGCAGCAGGACUCAGACCGCGAUGGACAGGGUGACGACUGCGACGAGGAUGAUGACAACGAUGGAGUCCCAGACGAUCGGGACAACUGCCGCGUGGUGCCCAACCCUGGCCAGGAAGACUCGGACCGGGACGGUGUGGGCGACGCGUGCCAGGGCGACUUUGACGCGGACAAGGUGGUGGACAAGAUCGAUGUGUGUCCAGAGAACGCCGAGGUCACCCUCACCGACUUCCGUGCCUUCCAGACGGUCGUGCUGGACCCCGAAGGCGACGCGCAGAUAGACCCCAACUGGGUGGUGCUCAACCAGGGGAUGGAGAUCGUGCAGACGAUGAACAGCGAUCCUGGCCUGGCAGUGGGUUACACGGCCUUCAACGGCGUGGACUUCGAAGGAACGUUCCAUGUGAACACUGCCACCGAUGACGACUACGCCGGUUUCAUCUUUGGCUACCAGGACAGCUCAAGCUUCUAUGUGGUCAUGUGGAAGCAGAUGGAGCAGACGUACUGGCAGGCCAACCCUUUCCGCGCUGUGGCUGAACCUGGCAUCCAGCUCAAGGCUGUGAAGUCUUCUACGGGCCCUGGGGAGCACCUACGGAAUGCUCUGUGGCACACGGGGGACACAGCGUCACAGGUGAAGCUGUUGUGGAAGGACCCCCGCAACGUGGGCUGGAAGGACAAGACGUCCUACCGCUGGUUCCUGCAGCACCGGCCCCAAGUGGGCUACAUCAGAGUGCGGUUCUACGAGGGCCCUGAACUGGUGGCUGACAGCAACGUGGUCUUGGACACGACCAUGCGAGGUGGACGCCUGGGGGUUUUCUGCUUCUCCCAGGAGAACAUCAUCUGGGCCAACCUGCGUUACCGCUGCAAUGACACCAUCCCAGAGGACUAUGAGACCCAGCAGCUGCGGCAGGCCUAAGGACAGUGGGGACCUGCCACUAGAUGAUGACCAUGGGUGCAGCACCAAGGGCUGUCUAGCUUGGGGGAGAGGAAGGGGAUCAGGGUGUGAAAUAAAGCGUGUGUGUGGCGGG